CUGCCGCGGCCAGGACGGGAAGGCGGUCGUGUCAGGCUGCGGCAGUCGGGGCGGGCCUGGGCGCUCCGUCUCGACCUAGAAGAUAUGAAUUACUCUCGAUUCAUCACCGCUCUGAGUGCAUCAAGAAAAGCAUCUCCAAUAAGACUCCUGACUGAACUGAUGCAGAAGUCUCCCCCAUCUCUCAUCUCUCUGGCUGGAGGGGCACCAAACCCUAACCUUUUUCCAUUUAAGAAGGUUACUGUUGCCAUUGGACAUGGAACUGAUGUUGAAAUUGGGGAAGAUCUGAUGAAGAGAGCUCUCCAGUACUCGGCCUCAGCAGGGAUUCCAGAACUAUUGUCUUGGCUUAAGGGUUUCCAGCAGCGUCUACAUAAUCCUCCCACAGCCAACUACAGUCCUGAGCAAGGACGAAUGGAAAUGUGUAUCACAACAGGAAGCCAGGAAGGAUUGUGUAAAGUGUUUGAAAUGCUUAUUAAUCCUGGGGACAACAUCCUUUUGGAUGCACCAACAUACUCUGGUACACUAGCAGCUCUGAGACCUUUGGGUUGUAACAUCAUCAAUGUUCCUAGUGACCAACAUGGCAUUAUUCCAAAAGCUCUAAAGGAAAUACUAUCUACUUGGAGCGCAGAAGACGUAAAAAAUGGUAGCCACAACCUCCCCAAGUUUCUGUACACCAUUCCAAAUGGAUGCAACCCAACUGGAAACUCUUUAACGGCAGAGCGCAAGAAGGAGAUUUACCAGCUUGCAAGAAAGUAUGAUUUCCUCAUAAUCGAAGACGAUCCUUACUACUUUCUUCAAUUUGAAAAGCCAUGGGCUCCAACAUUCCUCUCAAUGGAUGUGGAUGGUCGAGUUAUCAGGACUGACUCUUUCUCUAAAAUCCUGUCAUCUGGGUUAAGAAUAGGUUUUCUGACAGGUCCCAAACCUCUCAUCGACAGAGUUAUUCUACACAUUCAGGUUUCAACCAUGCACACCAGCACAUUCACACAGAUGCUGGUGUCACAACUACUUCAGCAAUGGGGAGAAAAGGGUUUCUUGGAGCAUAUAGACAGAGUGGUGGAGUUCUACAGGACCCAGCGGGAUGCAAUGCUCGUUGCUGCUCACAGGUGGUUAAAAGACCUGGCAGAAUGGUACUCUCCUGCUGCUGGCAUGUUCUUAUGGAUCAAGAUUAAGGGCAUUUCCGAUACCCAGCAGCUGAUCAUGGAAAAAGCUUUGCAAAAAGAAGUGUUACUGGUCCCUGGUGGAGCAUUCAAUAUUGACAGUUCAGAGCCAAGUUCUUACGUCAGAGCCUCUUUCUCUCUGUGUACUCCAGCCCAGAUGGAUCUGGCCUUCGAGAGACUGGCUGGCCUUAUAAAAGAGUCUUUGUGAAAAAGCUAAAUGGAGCUCUUGCAGCAAUCAAAAUAGUCUCCAGAAAAUAGUAACACUUGGAUUUCAUCAAAACAGUUGAAAAGCAAGCACAAUAAAGUGAAUAUUUCCUUAGAUCAUUUCAGCUAAAAAAAAAGUAGUUAAAAAAAGCAAAAAACAGUUUCCCUCGUUUGUUUUAUGACAGGCCAUUUCAUUACUAGAUUUAUUCCAAUUCAGCAACAUCUUAAAUACCCAAACCCAAAAUGUUCUUUUUCCCAUCAAAUCCAUGGGUUUUUUAGAUUUGAAUUUAUUUUUGUUCUGGGUUUUGUUUUUCAUUUGAGGUGGGAAACAGGGAAAUUGGUUACUUAGAAGUUGCACUUGAGGUGGUCUUCUCCACUGUUACUUAAUCCCAACUGAUACAUUCCUCCAAAACUUCAUGUUGGAAUUGAUUUUGUGUCACUUGCCUUCAUAUCCUGCUGUGUGGCAUCUGGUUUGGAAGAUCUGAAAGUGAGUAUUUUCAUAAAAGUUUUGUGAGAUAAAACUGAUAAAAGAUUGUAAAAAAUUGAAACUGAUCCACUAAAAUUAGGCUGUGAUUACAGAUCAAACUGUUUGGCCUAAGGCCCCUUGCACAUCUUCUGCUAUGUACAAGGUUGUCUGGUUGCUGGCUUCCACUUCAUUCUUGAAUAAUUACUGUGUACCUGUGUUAGGAAAAUCUUUGGUUUGCAGAGGCAUAUGGAUGUGGUAGAACUGCUCUCUGCUCUUAGUUAAUCAGCCACAUGUGGCUUUGAACACAGCAUAGGUAAAUUAACAUAGUAGAAUGUACACUACGCUGACACAAAUGUGCAAAGCAAGCAAAAUAAAAAAUAAAUGUUCUAAUCUCU